UGAGGAUUUUUGUUCUUUUUAGCGGGAGAGAGAGAGAGACAUUCCCAUCUUCUGAUCUUCUCCAAUCUCCGCUUUGGAGAAGAAAACGAGUAAUGGAGAAAGCGCUUACAAGGGUCGGAAGUUUUUGGAUAUCAAAGAAGGCUAAAGAGGAGUUCUCUUCUAUCGGCGAGGACCUUUCUCGUUUCUCAAGUACUGUGGAGGAGAAAGCAAAGUGGAUAUUUGAGAAGCUAAAAGGCAAACCGCAGAAAUCUCUUCCAGAUCUCCUCCGAGACUACGGCCUCCCUCCAGGCCUCUUUCCCCGCAACAUAAUCUGCUAUGAAUUAGAUGAAUCGAAGUCGAAGCUGAUUGUCCAUCUUCCAUCCAUCUGCGAAGUCAGCUUCAAGGAUUCUUCAGUCCUCAGGUACUCCACACGAGUCAAAGCCUUUCUAUCCAGAGGGAAACUCUCUGGAAUAGAAGGGAUGAAGACUAGAGUUCUCGUAUGGGUCAAGGUUUCCCAUAUCUCUCUUGAAAGCUAUAAGUCGGACAAAGUUUGCUUCACUGCUGGAGUGAAGAAACUGAGGCCUAGAGAUGCAUAUGAGAUUCCCAAGGACUCUGUCAAAGUAGAAGAGUUUUGAUUUGGUCCUUUGAUUUCUUCUCAUUUUAUUUUGUUUGAUGCAUUGCUAAGGACCUCAAUAGGCUAUUGUGCUGUGAUGUUUUAUUUGCUCUCUUUAUCACUAUACUUCUCUUUUGUGCAAUUUCUAUUUAUUUAUGCAUGUAAGCAUUUGAGGAGAUGGAUGAAUAUAAUUUUUUAUCGCAAAA